AGCUUUCACCCAACAUUUUUUUUACCCUCCUUCCUCCCUCUGCGCCCAUCUCAACAUCCACUCAGACUCUUUCUUCACCAAACCAUGGAUGUCUUCUCACCCUCCCAAGUCUACUACGACAGAGCGUGUUCUUCCUCUCCAGACAGCUUGGAGUUUGGCCCAGGCAUGGAGCUCGCUGGUUCUGAGGAGGAUGAGCAUGUCAGGGUUCCUGGCGCUCCUCACCAGCCAGGACAUUGUCUCCAGUGGGCCUGCAAGGCCUGCAAACGUAAAUCCAGCUUUGUGGACCGCAGACGGGCUGCCACCAUGCGUGAGCGUCGGCGGCUGAAGAAAGUCAACCACGCUUUUGAGGCUCUUCGGCGCUGCACCUCGGCCAACCCCAGCCAGCGCCUGCCCAAAGUGGAAAUCCUGCGCAAUGCCAUCCAGUACAUUGAGAGCCUGCAGGAGCUGCUACGAGAGCAGGUGGAGAACUUUUAUGGCCUACCUGGAGAGAGCAGCUCUGAGCCGGGGAGCCCGCUGUCCAGCUGCUCUGAUGGCAUGGCUCAGAGCAGCAGUCCAGUGUGGCAACAGCUGAAUGCAAACUACAGCAACAGCUAUUCAUAUGCAAAGAAUGAGAGUCUGGACAACAAAGCAGCCGGGGCGUCCAGCCUGGAGUGCCUGUCCAGCAUCGUGGACCGUCUGUCCUCGGUGGAGUCCAGCUGUGGAGCGGCUGCUCUGAGAGACAUGGCCACCUUCUCUCCUGGCAGCUCCGACUCGCAGCCCUGCACACCGGAGAGCCCGGGAUCCCAGCCCAUCUACCAUGUCCUGUAGAGGAAACCUCGUGCUGAUGAGGAUAUAUUGCCACAGACAGGUGUCGUGCUCUCCGCUUGAAACCAAAUUUAAGAACUAAUUUCCCACAAAGUGGAAGACGACUGCAGACUGAGGACCUGUGGCCACCAGCUUCUAUACUGUACAUGAGACUGUAGAUAUGUAAUAUAAUUCCCAUUUAUUCUACACUGUUAUACCCCCUAAUAAUACAUAUUUAAAGUAAUGCUGCAUUAUUCAGUUAUGAAAUGAUAUUUAAGCAGUGUUGUAACUUUUUAAACGCCAUGUUUUCGUUGCCAUUAAAUUUGUUUCUGUUUUCAUAAAAAUCUGAUGGAUUUGAGUUCGUCUCUUUGGAUCGUGUGCUCAGAUGUCACAAUAUUUCUAUUAAGACCGGAGCGUUACAGCUUUUUAAAGACAAAUCUGACAAAUCAUAAAGACAACA